GAUGCGACAUUAGUUGGCUGUGAAAACAGUUGUUGCACAGUAGAUCAAAAUUAGGACGGAAAAGCUCUGAAUUCUAAAUUGCAAACAUGGAAUCCUUUAGUGUGCCGGAGGUGGACAUGAUAACCGUGUCCAAGAACUCGCAAUACGAGCGGGAAUCGCUUCUCAAGUUCGCUCCUCCAGUGGGACUGACCAACAUCAGUUACGGUGGCAUGUACAAGGUUGACUCGUUUUAUCUGGAGUGUCAGAAGUACCGGGACCAGUUCCGCGACCCCUACAACAAGUUGCUGCGCCCCAAGAUGUUCCAAACUUAUAGGGGCAAGUGUGGUAUUAAGAUAGAUCCCGAACUGGAGCGCCUGAAGCGACCCGCUGCUUCGCAUGUGGAGGCCAUUCCGGUGGUCUACCCGAUGCAGUACGCGCGCCAGAUGGACUUCGACAGGGGCUUCCGGAUGGAGGGACGCAACAGCAGGGAGUCGGCCAUCGCCCGCAGGUACCCGUGUGUGCGUGUGUUGGGCAGAUAGAAGGAUACUACGGGGACGAUCCUAUCGAAAUUGCCAGUUGGACCUCCGCUUACUUGGAAAAUAAAUCAUCUUUGGCAGUGCCGAGUUCUUGUUUCUGGGA